AUGAAAACUUCUUUGAAAACUUUACAAAAUAAUAAUAAUCAUUUAACUAAAUAUAAUUAUAAAGAAUUAUCAACAAAUAAACAAAGAAAUUUCGAACAAAAUAUGUCAAUAUCAAUGAAGAAUAAGAAAAAUUAUCGAGAAACAGAAAUCAACGAUGAUAGUGAUGAUGAAGCAGAAGAAGAAGAAGAAGAAGAUGAUGAUGAUGAAAAUUCAAAACUUGUUUCCAUUAAAAUAGACAAUAAUCAAGAACAAAAACAAAAACAACAAUAUGAACAACAACCAUCCCCAACAGGACUACGUUCUAUAUUACGAAAACGAACCGAGAAAAAAAUGUCAUCAAACGCUUGUAGUAAUGUUCAACAAACAUCAAUCACAAUAGAUGAGAACGCCAAUGAUGAUGACGAGAAAGAUUCUGAUGAUUACACAGGCGAUGAGAACGAACAAGAAAGUAAUGGCAGUAACAAAAGCAAAGAAGAGGAAAGUAAAAACAAUGAACAACAGCAACAGCAGCAACAUCAUCGUUGUCGCAAUUAUUCUCGUCAUACGCAAAGAAAUCGAUUUUUUCGAACAUCACCAUCUACAUCCCUCAUCUUUCCAUUAGACACAAGUAAAACAGAAACAGAAAUAACAGCAUCAGCAACAGCCAUAGAAUUUCAUGAAGACGAUCACUCUCCUAGUCAUACUGCGUGCGUAACAUUUACUAACGAUAAACCGACUAUCAUUCAUAGAAGUUCAUCGACACCUCAACUUAGUGGCAUUGAUGUUCAACCACGUUCAUCAGUUACAUAUAUAAAUAUGAGAGAAGAUAUAUCAACAACAAUGCCUAUAACAACAACAACUGGACCAUCGGCUAGUUUAACUACUGACUUUCAUCCUGUAUAUGUAUCACCAUUAAAAUACCGACCAUUAGUUGGUCUAUCAGCAAACCAUAGUCGUAUGUUACUGGAAAAACGUGUUUCACUACUUGGAAAACCUGUUGUUUUACAUCCCAUUCAAAGACGUUCAGCAACAUAUCGACGUACUCAAUUACGUAUAUACAAUUUUUUAGAACGACCACACGGUUAUAAAGCUGUUAUUUAUCAUACAUUUGUGUAA